AUGAAACUUGUUCGAUUGAUUGUUGAAAAAUUAUGUGUUGUAAUAACAAUCAUUCUUGUCUAUGAGAAUGCACUUGUUUUUUAUCAACAUCUUUUUCCAUACUGGUGGUCUCAUGGACUGUACAAGCGAUUUUUCUUUUGUUUUAUCGUCGGACAUUGGCUCUUAAUCAACACAGUCAAACAUUAUUACUUAGCGAUAUCGAAAUCGCCAGGUUUUGUUGCGGAUUUGAAGAAAGAUUUGUCUCCGGAAGAUGAGUUAAAUUACACGAAAUGUUUAAAAUGUGAUGCUAUGAGACCACCUCGAGCACAUCAUUGUAAAAUAUGUGACAAAUGUGUUCUUCGUUUUGAUCAUCAUUGUCCUUGGAUUAACAACUGUGUUGGAUAUCGAAAUCAUGCGCAUUUCGUUCUAUUCUGUAUUUAUAUGACAAUGAUUGCUGCUUUUUCUACGAUAGCCGGACAGCAACAGUUUCAAUUAGUUAUCUUUCAUGACCAAAUACUUUUUCGUUUGUUCGAUCCAUUAAUUAAGCCGUACAAUUUAACUAUCGCUGUUAUCGAACAUAAUACGAUAGGACCAAUCACUGGUGUAUUGACACUCUUUCUUUUUAUUAUUAAUCUCGUUGCAAUGGGUCUUGUCUUAAGUUUAACUGUAUGGCAAAUGAGUCUUAUUACGAAAGGUCAGACAUGUGUGGAAGAAAAGAUUGAUAAAUCCAUUAUGAAUAAUACGAAACAACAACGUCAACGAUUGUAUGAUUGUGGUUGGAGAGAAAACUGGAAGAGAUUUUUUGAAGUCGAAACUGGUUUUCAAUUGUUGAUACGAAUCUUAGUCCCGUAUACAUUUCAACCUAAAUACGAUGGAACUCAAUGGGUAACGAAAGAUAACAAGUGA